AGCCCGGUAAAAAAAAACUUUUGUCAUUUUUCAGUGAAAAGAGCCUAUCAACGAUCCUAUUUUUGUUUUAGAGAAAGCUGUUGCAUAGCGACUUCUAUUGGAAAAUUUAGAAAAUAAACGUUUGAAGCCAUGGGAGAUUCGAAAGAAAAUCCUGCUGUUGAGCCGGCGAAACCGAAGAUCAAACAUGACUGGUACCAAACGGAUGCUCUAGUAGUUGUUACAAUACUGAUUAAGAAUGCACCAAGCGACAAAAUCAAAGUUCAUUAUGGGGAGAGAACUCUUUCUGUGUCCAGUCCGCUGCCAAAUACAGAUGCAGAAUAUAGCUUAGAAUUAGAGUUAGCUCAUGAAAUAAUACCAUCCAUGUGCAAAUAUGUAGUAAGUCCGUCAAAAGUGGAGAUAAAGUUAAGGAAAAAGGAGGGAAUUCGGUGGACCUUGUUGGAAGGGGAGGGGAAAGAAGAGAAAAUUAAAGCCAUACCUCAAGCUGUUAUCGACGCGUCCGGGCCGCAGCAGCCGCCGAAAAUAUUCAGAAAAGACUGGGAAAAAAUUGAAAAGGAUAUCAAGAAAAUGGAGGAAGAAGAAAAACCGGAAGGCGACGCGGCCCUCAACGCUUUGUUUCAGAAAAUAUAUGGAGAAGGUUCCGAUGAAGUUAGACGAGCCAUGAAUAAAAGUUUUGUGGAAUCCGGCGGAACAGUGCUGAGUACGAACUGGAAUCAGGUGGCCAAAGAGAAGGUAGAAGUGAAACCGCCGGAUGGACUCGAGUUUAAGAAGUGGGAUGAAUAGAUUAUAUAGACUAUGGAAGAUUAAUAUGUUGAUAGAAGUCACUCAAUAUAUAAUAUAAUUUUUUUUUAUAAAGGCCAUUGAUUAUAAUAAAAAUUAUUUCUUUGUCAAUAGCUUGAGAGAGAUGGAAGAUAUGAAAUAGAAAGAGAGAGUAUAUAUUUAAAAUUUUUUAUCUGUGGUGCUGGACGCCAAAUUGCGUCCGUAAUUUUCUUCUAUUGCAAUCUUUCCACUCGAAAAUUUUCAAAAAAUUUAGUUUUUUUAUGAACAAUUAAUAAAUAAAUUAUAUAAGGCAUUCUAUCAAUAUGUUAAUAGAUAACCAUUUGCGAUACUUUAUUUGAUGCGAAUUUGUGAAAUCUGCAAACUACCUAUGCCUGAAACACCUUUAUAUGUAGUUGUCGUGUUGACUGCGCAAAAUUAAUUUUAAUGUAUUUAAUAAUAUAAUAUUCUAAGUCU